UUACAACAGCCGUGUCUGUGUACGCAGAGCACAUAAUUUUUUUCCCCGUUAAAUAUGGCUAUCACGGUUCAUCUCCAAAAAAUUUAUGAAAAGCUUGAACGCAUUGAAGAGAAGUUCAUAAGAAUUCUUUCUUUCGAGGAGAAAUUGGAGAAGAUUUUAAACAUCACGGAAUUCCUACGUGGAUAUCGUCCAUGUAAGGAUGGAACUGAAGAUACGUGUCAAAAAAAGAGACAAAACUUCAAAACAAAUGGAAAACUGGAUGAAAACCAACAAACUUUUGAGAAGAAGAAAAGAUACAUGCCUGAUUUCCAUGUCAAAGUUUUACAGAAGAACCAUAAAGUGCUUGUAAAUGAAUUGUGUAUUCGAGGGCACGUCAUUGAUGAUCUUAUUGAAAACGAGGCUAUUUAUCAAUCGGAUCAGGAAGCAAUAAUGUCAUGCAGCUCCCAGAAGGAUCAAAUCAGGAGUCUUCUGAUGUGUCUUUCUCAUUACGGCGAAGAUAAUUUUCUAAAGUUCGUAACAGCUCUAGAUUCAGAACGGCCAGAUCUCGCUAAAAAUCUCCAGAGCGAUUAUCAAAGACAAAAAUCUGAACAUCCCGAGGAAAACUUAAUCUGUCUAAGGUGCUGCAUUUACAAUCAAGUGGACAUCAAAGAUGCUGUUGAUGAUCUCUAUACUGAUGGUCUUGUGGAUGAAUCUUUCUUGCAACGAGCGGUUGGGACUCCUUGUCGUCAUGAAAGAAAACAUCUUUGGAACGAGGUCUUCUCAAAAAUGCAAUAUGCUUCAGUUGAAGAUCGAAACAAGUAUUACGAAUCGUUACAAAAUGUUAUUCAAAGGAAAUACAGAAGUCUUUUUUCUGACUUUUCUGAUUUUGUCAUUAACGAACUCACAGUGAAAUGCAUAUGUAAGGAAAAACAGAAUGGUGAACGUAUUUCUUUUGACCAAGACAGUUCGAGAGAAGCAGCGACUUCAUCAAUAGACGUCCAAGCUUCCGGAGGAAUAGAACAAACUCAGUUAAGCAAAUCCCAGCCUACAAAUGCAGUCACGGAAGUUCGUCGACGACCAAAGCUAAGAAAGAGACGAAAUGGGAACGUCAGAGCUAAAAGCAAAACAGCAAAUCUUCUGAUCGCAAAUGUGCUACACCACUGGUAUAAAACCUUCCAGAGCCGACAAAACAAAGAUCAGUCUAGUACAGAAUCAAGUUUUGGGUUAAGUGAGGACGCACGGUACCAAUGUUUUGUUAGGGGACAUGACAGAGAUUUUCAUAAAGCGUAUUUUUGUAAGUGCCGAACAGAUAGCUGCUUUGCGUCCAGUGAAAUGAACUCAACUGAUUUUUCCCAGGACUCGAAAGACGAUAAAUAACCAAAACAUCAAAAUAGCAAAGACAACAUCAAAAUAGCAUAUACGUUAAUACCCCAUCGGAAUAUCGGUACGUCUGUACUCUGACGUUGGACAAUGUACAAUAAGUGAGGCAAGUUAGCAAGUCGAGCAAAAUAUCAAAGAUUUGAUGACAUUUUGAUUUAGAUUCACUUUAAAUGUAUGUAUUCCUUCAGAACAAUAUUAUACAUGUAUGUAAUUCCAUAAAAAUAACAUACAGUAAAUGUAAAACAGAAAAAAAGGCAUUAAAGAAUAUAAUGAAA